CCCCUGAAGGAUUUAGCACAAAUAAUUGAGAUUCUUAACCUGUGUGCAGAAAAAAUGAGUGAGCAAGAAGCUUUCACUGAGCCUUUAUGUGAACUUAUUAAAUUAUGUGGGUUACCAUUUCAAAAAAAGAAAUCAUCUGAUGAAGUAAGCUAUUCCGAGGCAGUUUCAAAAUCUAUUGCACAACUGGGUUAUUUGAUGAGGGUGCCAAGCUCUCAAGUUAGAAUACAAAUCUGUAAGUGUGUUGUUAGCUUUUAUAAUAUGGAGCUACCAAGAAAACUACUUUCAGGUUACCAGCCAACAAGUGCAAACUAUAAAAUUCAGAUGGCUGAAUUAGCCGGAUUAGCAGAAACUCUCGUUUUGUCACUAGUGUUAGUUGAAAAUCAACUUGCUGAGAAGUUGUGGGUACUUAAAGCUCUCCAGCAUCUCUCCAGCUCUGGAGUGAAUUGCAGGCUUAUGAUGAAGGCCCAAGCAGCCAGCAGACUCUGUUUGUAUCUAAAUGGUGCUGAUCCCUCAGGACAGCUGGUGUUCCGCUCUUCAGAAAUCCUAUGGAACCUGUUAGAGAAUACCUCAAAAGAAGAAGUUGUUAAACAGCUCAGUCGCUUGGAAUGUGUACAUGUUUUGAAGCAAGUGUUUGUAGACCACCUCAUGGAUGGUUUCCGGCAUUAUGAUCGUCAGCUACGGAAUGACCUCUUGGUGUUUGCCACAUUAGUAGCUGAAAACCCUGCAGCACCUAUGAUUGAAAGCGGAUUUGCAAAGCUGUUAAUAGUACUUGCAACCUUUACUGAAGUUAAAAUUCCCAACCCCUUGGUAAAAGGUCUUAAGCUUACCUACUCUUAUGAGGACUUCGAGAUGAAGAAGUUACUAUUUAAUGUAAUAGGAGUUUUGUCUAAAGACCCAUGUGCUGUCCAG